GAGGGUCGAGAAAAUAAGGAAGGAGACAGAUUGACCGCAUUGACUUGUAAAUCUUGGGUGGGAAAAUACCUCAAAAAAACAGCGUAAGGGGCACGGUCCGCGGCCACAAAGGCACAUAAAAUAACUUGGUUGGAACACGACGGUUUGUUAACAAAACUUCAUUCUCCUCAUAAAUCCAGCCAAGGCAGGCCAUAAAACACCCGCAAUUCAUUCCUAACCAAACUCCCUGCAAAAAUCUCAGUUACUUGUUAGAGAUGACUUUGUGCUGCUGUUAUUUGUUGCUUUGUAAAUGCCCACCGCCUGCUAAUAAUAGUAAUCCCCCAACGCCUGCUGAAUAUAUUUAUCCCUCACCCCUUUAUUACUCACCGCCUCCACCUGAUAAUGGCCCAGUGAAUAUAAAGGAUGAGAAUAGGGAUAAUCAAUGGGACGGCGAUUUGCUUUUGGUGAGCAUAGCGUGUAUCUGUGUUGCCUUUUUACUUAUCGUUACUGUUUAUUACCUGUAUGCCCGGAGCAAUGACAACCGGCUGACACAGAGAGAGCUGGAGCGCCGCCGUCUGCGCAGCCUGAGGAUUUCACGUAUCCGUAGAGCGUCGGAAGAUUGGAAUCCGGCGUCGCCGAGAGAGGGGCUUCGCAGAUCUAUGGUGGAUGCUCUACCGGUUUUUUUCUAUCAGCCGGAAAAUUUUACCGACGGCUUACGCUGCGCCGUUUGCCUUUGUGAAUUCCAGGAGAAGGAGAAAGCAAGGCAGCUGCCCAGCUGCAAGCAUAGUUUUCACUUGGAUUGUAUUGAUAUGUGGUUUUAUUCUCAUUCAACAUGUCCUCUUUGCAGGGCCAGAGUCGAUGCUCAGCCUGUACAAAUGGAAUUUUCAGUUAUAGAAGAAGAAGAAACGGAUAACAAGGUGUCGAUGAGCAGUAUGAGAGGUUCAGAUGCAGAAGAACAACAUAUUCAACGUAUUGAGAAGAAUGGUGAUUGUUGUGAGGGAGAGGAGGAGAGUGGAGGACAUGCUGUCAUUGACAUGCCCACCACUGAAAACUAAGCUCCAUAUCUCAUAUCUAAGCCCUUCGCUACAUUAUAUCAGAUUGCGAUAGUUUACCUUUUUUUUUUAUGAAUAGGCAGCGGGAUUCAAUUAAAUUAAUAAAAAAGUUACACUAUUGUAAAAAAAAAAUACGGGAUCACCCUUCAUAGUCAUGUGAUCACGGAUUUUUUUGAUUCACCCCUCAUAGUCAUGUGAUUAAGGAUUUUUUUUUUUGACUCUAGUGGUAUUAUAUACCAUUAGAGUCGUGAUUACGGAUUUUAGGAGGGCCUCCUUGUGUGUUGCUAAAUAAAAAGGAUGGAUGCU